AUGGCUUUCACCGAGAAAGACUUCUAUGCUGGACAUUUCAGCCCAAAAGACUAUUUGGACACCUAUUACACCUUCAGCUCUGGAAAAGAAGAUGAGAAUGGCUUUUUGAUUUUCUAUCUGAAAAAUCUCCACCAGGCAUUCAUUUUAGGUAAGUGCUGGUGUAUUUCAUGGGUUCCAGAGCUGUCGCCACACUGGGUUGCCUGGAAAGAGAUCCCCAAAAGGGAUAUGAAUGAUCCAUUUGAUUAUGUCAGCCUCUAAGGUGGCCCAUGGUGGGGGAGACCUUUAAUACCAGUUGGAUCUAUAGCAGUGGUAGCUUUCCAGCUCCCGUUAGCCCUGGCCAGCAUGUGUCAAUGCUCAGGGGAAUGAUAGGAGUUGUGGUUCAGCAACAUUUAGAGGGCUGCAGGUUGGAAUGGGCAAGCCUGUCAUCUGUUGUUUCUCAUUCUUCCAGCCUUAAGUCCAGUUCCCCACAUUUCCAUUUUCCAGUCUGUAGGGGGAAUAAUUACAUCUGCACAGAAAUGCAUCAGCAUUUUAGUACUGAUUUAACUGCAUAAUUCUGUGUGCAUUUUUUGCAUAAUACACAGAUUUUUUGCAAAGCAGUCUUUGCUAAUACAAUGCAUUUCAAAAAAUAUUGUUUUAGCUAAGAUAUAAACUUUUAUACACAUUUUACCCUGCUAUAUAUAUUUCUGAGCCCAUUCCUAGAACUACACUGCAAAAUUCAGAGAUGUGUGAAUUUUGAAAGCUACCUGUGCGUCAAUUCAUAUAUUGUUUGGAAAAGAGCAGAUUAGGCAGGUUUGCCUACCAAUGCAAAUAGAAUUGAAUUUCUCCCUCCCCCCAUUAGCACAGGUUAGCCACCCUUGAUCUAUAGGGUUCAGCAGCAAUUUUGAAACACGUUGAAAAAAUUCCCCUGCUGAUAUUCACAUAUAACGUUUUUGACGAAAUGUGAAAUGACCAAGCGAGGCUGUUUGUUGUCCAAGAAUCAUGGCUGACAUUGGAACAUAUGUGUUAUUGGGUUGAUGCCAUGCAGAUGACAUAAAAGGGGACACCCUGAUUGAUAUUGGAAGUGGACCGACCAUCUACCAGUUCCUCUCGGCUUGUGAGUCCUUUCGAGAAAUUGUCGCCACAGAUUAUUGCGAUCAGAACAGGGAGGAGAUGCAACGAUGGCUAAGGAAGGAGCCAGGAGCUUUCGACUGGAGCCCGGUGGUGAAAUAUGUGUGCGAGCUGGAGGGUAACAGGUAUGGAGAAUUUGAUGGGUUGCUUCCAACAUAGAUAAAAACAUAAUAACACAUUAAACAUUUCAAAAACUUCCCAAUACAAGACUGCCUUCAGAAGUCUUCUAAAGGUUAUACAGUUACUUAUCUCCUUGGCUCAGGGGUUGCAUAACUCCAUACCCUCCAACAUUUCUCCAAAGAAAAUAGGGACAUCCUAAGGAAAAGCGGGACAUUCUGGGAUCAAAUCUAUAACUGGGAUGGCUUCUGUAAAUCUGGGACUGUCCCUGGAAGUUAGGGACACUUGGGGGGUCCGGCAUUGUGGGGCACGGGAAUCUUUUCACAUUCAUCUUGCAUUCUCCCUUAGGGAAAAGUGGGAAGAGAAGGAAGAGAAGGUCCGAAGAGCCAUCAAGCAGAUACUGAAAUGUGAUGUGACCCAGCCAAGCCCAUUGGGCCCUGUGUCUCUGCCUCCAGCAGACUGCUUGCUGUCCUCCUUGUGCCUGGAAGGGGCCUGCAAAGACCUGGCCACCUUCCGCUCUGCUCUCAAGAACAUCAGUUCCCUUGUCAAACCAGGGGGGCACCUCGUCUUAUGCUCCAUCCUAGAAGAAACCUACUACAAGGUGGGCCAGCGGCCCUUCUCCUGCCUCUACUUGGAGCGGGCAUCUGUGGAGGAAGCCCUCAAGGGGGCAGGCUUUGCUAUCAAGUGGCUCAAGGAGACCAAGAUCAACUUGCCGCUCUCUGUGACAGACGCGAAGGCGGUCUGCGUUGCCGUGGCCCAGAAAUGCCAGAAUUGA